CUCUCACGCACUCCAACAAAACGCCACUUCUUCUUCUAUAAAUCCCCAUCAGACUCCCCAUUCCUCUUCUCAAAGCUAAUCCCCCCAAAAACACCCUUCCAUUCUCAUUUCGUCUUCUUCUCUCAAAACGACUAAAAGCCCACCAACCCACUUGUUGAUUCACUGCCGUUGGAUCAAUGGCUGCAGCUGUGUCAUCCAUCGGAGCUGUUAACAGAGUACCGUUGAAUUUGAAUGGUGCAGGUGCUGGACCAUCAGUACCUAGCACAGCAUUCUUUGGGAGCAGUUUAAAGAAAGUGAACUCUAAGAUCAUACACCAGAAGAUCUUGUCAGGAAAUCUGAAGGUUUCCGCUGAAUAUGAUGAGCAGAAGCAGACUGAUAAAGACAGAUGGGGAGGUCUUGCAUAUGAUAUAUCAGAUGAUCAACAGGACAUUACUAGAGGAAAAGGAAUGGUGGAUUCUCUCUUUCAAGCUCCUAUGGGGACUGGAACUCAUUAUGCAGUCAUGAGUUCUUAUGACUAUCUCAGUCAAGGUCUUCGCCAGUACAAUUUAGAUAAUAAUAUGGAUGGUUUCUACAUUGCACCUGCAUUUAUGGACAAGGUUGUUGUUCACAUCACUAAGAACUUCUUGAACCUCCCAAACAUUAAGGUUCCAUUAAUCUUGGGUAUUUGGGGAGGCAAAGGACAAGGAAAAUCAUUCCAAUGCGAGCUUGUCUUUGCCAAGAUGGGAAUUAAUCCAAUUAUGAUGAGUGCCGGAGAAUUGGAAAGUGGCAAUGCUGGAGAGCCAGCGAAAUUGAUCAGGCAAAGGUAUCGUGAGGCGGCUGACAUCAUCAGAAAGGGAAAGAUGUGUUGUCUCUUUAUCAAUGAUCUAGAUGCAGGCGCUGGUAGGCUUGGUGGAACUACACAAUACACAGUCAACAAUCAGAUGGUGAAUGCUACUCUCAUGAACAUUGCGGAUAACCCAACAAAUGUCCAGCUUCCUGGGAUGUACAACAAGGAGGAGAACCCACGUGUUCCCAUCAUUGUCACUGGCAAUGACUUCUCCACACUGUAUGCACCCCUUAUCCGUGACGGUCGUAUGGAGAAAUUCUAUUGGGCUCCCACUCGAGAAGACAGGAUUGGUGUCUGCACAGGUAUCUUCAGGACUGACAAUGUUCCUAAAGAGGACAUUGUAAAGCUUGUCGACACUUUCCCUGGACAAUCCAUUGACUUCUUUGGUGCAAUUAGAGCAAGAGUGUAUGAUGACGAAGUGAGGGCAUGGAUAUCUACAAUUGGAGUAGAAAAUGUCGGGAAACGACUAGUGAAUUCAAAGGAAGCACCUCCAACAUUUGAGCAACCAAAGAUGACUCUUGACAAGCUUCUUGAGUAUGGCAGCAUGCUUGUCAAAGAGCAGGAGAACGUAAAGAGAGUCCAAUUGGCUGACAAGUACUUGAAAGAAGCAGCACUUGGGGAUGCAAAUGAUGAUGCCAUCCAAAAUGGAAGUUUCUAUGGCAAAGCAGCACAGCAAGUUAAAGUUCCUGUUCCAGAAGGAUGCACUGAUCCAUCUGCUGAAAACUUUGACCCCACUGCUAGGAGUGAUGACGGGAGUUGCCUCUAUGAAUUUUAGGUUUGUCCAAUGUGUUUUGGAUACAUAUCAGUUUCAGUAUGUCCAGUGUUUUCUUGAGUAUAGAUAAUGUUUAAGGAUGAGAAUUAGUAAUUCUGAUGUGAAUAUAUCUUGAAAUUGUGUCGAAUUAAUGUAUAAUCCUUUUGUGCCAAAUACAAAUAUUAAGCACAAAACCUUGUAUACUUUCCUUUUACAGAUGAAUAUUAUCCUAUGCUUCGUUCA